CACAAUUCACAAUUCUUUGUAUGUGUGAGAUGCUGCGAGUUGACCUAUACAUAGAAAAGUGUGGUUAUAGUGAGUUUCUUAUACGAAAAAUUCAAUGUGUAAAAUGAACUAAAAAAAAAAGUAUAGAAUUAAGAUGAAAAAAAGUGAUUUUUCAACGUAGUAACAACAAUUAGACAUUUCCAAGUCUGAAUAUUGUACAAUUCCAGAUAUUCGGAAAUAAAGUUACAAAAGAAGAAUUACUUUAUAAAAAAUAACGGCAAAAUUAUUAAGGAUAAGAGUAAUAAUAAUAAGAACAAAAAAAAAUAUAUAUAUACAUACAUCUCUAUAUAUAUAUAUAAUUAAAUAAAAAUGUCAGAUUUCGAGAAUAAUUCCAUCGAUCCACCGAUGACUCGCUCUAAAACGCCAUUACCUGGAAAUUUUUGGCAAAAUGUAAGUGAUCCUUCAGAUGUAAUAAGUAGAAAUGCACCUCUAAUUAACCGUCCAGCUCCUGCUUCGAUGAAACGAAAAAUGGAACAAGCUGCGCACGUUAAAGAUUUACUCAAAUUAUGUAAACCAUUGUCAAUUAAUUUAGAAUGUUUAUCUCAGCAGGUGAUAAAAAAAAUGACAAAAAAACGUGAUCAUCAUCAACAAUCUCGUCGUAGUAAAAAACUAGAUAGAAAUAGAUGGCAAAGAGGUUUUAUUGAUAAAAGAAGAAAACCAAAAAUCGAUAUAAAUAAUGAUAAAUCAUUGGAUGUUAAUAAAAAUCAAAAUUCAAUGGAAAUGAAACCAACACAUAUUUGGGGAUGUUGUCGAAUGAUACCAUUUGAUAGAAAUCGAUUAAAAAAUCAAAAAAGAUUUUCACAUACAAAUAAUAAAGAAUUGAAUCUCGAAAUUACAAAACAAGAAAAUAAUAUUGAAUCUCCAAUACCGUCAACAUCAAAAUUAUCAAUCGACAAAGAAUUAGAAUUGGAAAAGAAAAUUGACACUACACAAUCAAGUUCAGAUGAUGAUGAUGAUAAUGAUGAUAAUAAUGAUAAUGAUAAUGAGGAAGAAAAUUGUGUUUGUAGACGAGUAAUUCCGUAUAUUCGAAAAUCUUGCUAUAAAACAAUGUUAAAUUUACAAAAUGACAAUAGCACACAAGCUGGUGGUAGUAAGAAUACCGAUAAUUCAACAACAACAACAACAACUACAAAAAUUGGUCCAAAAAUUUCAAAAACAAAAGAUUUUCACAAAAAAAAGAAAUUAAUUCACGAGGAAUUAAAUGAUAAUGAUAAUAAAAAGACUGAUAAUAUUGAAACAAUGAAUGAUUCAAAAAAAAGUGACGACAGUAUGGAGGAAAGUUUCACUGAAUUUUAUCGAAAUAAAUGGAAAUUAAAGAGAAAACAUCGUACUCGACGUAUUUCCAGUAGUGAUUCAAGUUCAAAUGAAAAUAACAAAAAUGAAAAUAACGAAGAGAAAACAAGAAAAAGAAGACGUAUUUCAAGUAGUGAUUCAAAUUCCGACAAUGAAAAGCAACAAAAGAAGAAAAAAAUUGAAUUAAAUGAUUUUGCAAAUUAUUCACGUGGAAAAACGAAAUUAAUUCGUAAACUUAAUCAUUUGGAUUCAAAUCAAUCAUCAAUUUUAAAUUAUCUCUAUAGAAAGCCAAAACCAUUGAAGGAAGCGCGAAUUAUUUUGACACGAUUAGAAAAUAUGAUGAACGAUCCAUUUGUCAUUAGAUGGAAGAAUCGAGGAAUUAAAAUUGAAAAAAUUGAAGAAGAACAAGAAGAACAACAAGAACAAGAAGAAGUAGAAACUGGUCAAGUGGAGGAAAAUUACGAAAAUCAGAGAUAUUAUCUUCUACACGAGGAUGGAACAAUGACAAGUGAAGCAAUACCCCAAGAAGCAUUAUAUCAAUACGAAAAUUUUAUCGAUAAUCCACAAGAUUUCAUUGGAAUUAAUUCAUUUAAUGGUCAAGUUAUUGAUGUCUCCAAAUUUUUUAACACACUACCACAACAAGAAAUAGUUAAUGAAAUUUAUAAUCCACUAAAUAAUAAUGAAGCCACAAUUGAAAAUAUCAAUCCUCAACAACAAUUAGCCUAUAAUAUUGAAAAUUAUCCAAAAGUAUUGUUAAUACGUCUUGAAACAUUAGUUGGGGCACUUGAUUCUGAAUAUUCAGCAUCGGAAAUUGAAAUUCUCGAAGAGAAAUAUAUUGAUUUUCUUUUAAAUUCCAAUUUUUCGUAUGACAAACAAUCGCAAUCAUUUUUCAACGUUUAUAAACGUCUUCAAGCAAAACGUCUCAAGGAAAAAGAAACUGCAAUUCUCAAUUCAUUCAACGAUUUUGAUGACAAUGAUGACGAUGAUGAUGAUGAUAAUAGAAAUGCUUUGGUAGGGAAUCAAGAAAAUAACGAAAUUACCAAUAAUAAUGAUGACAAUAGAUCAGAAACAAAUGACAAUGACGAAAAUCCAUUGGUUAUUGCUUUUGAUAAUGAUAAAGAAGUCGAUACAAUUGUUGAUGAUUGGGCAUCAGACGAUAGUGUCACUAGUAUUGGAGAAAAAUUAGAAGAACCAUCAAAAUAUUUUCAAUUCGAUUCAACAAAAGAAAAUUCUUCUAUUGAAUUUGUCACAUGUGAUUCACAUCAAGAGAAUGAUUCAACAAAAGAGCCUUAUUAUAUUUCAUGUAAAUUUUGUAAAAAUAGUUUUCGCAGUCUACAUUCAUUUUCUCUACAUAAAGGCAAUUGUCAUGCAAAAAAUAAAAAACCAAUAAAAUGUGAUUAUUGCAAUAGUCAAUAUAAAUGUAAACGUAAUUUAAAUUUACACAUUCAACUUGUACAUGGAUUAAUUGAAUCGAAUGAUAAAAAUAUAAAAACAAAAAAUACAAAUAAAACAAAAUCAUUAACAAUAUCAAAAUCAUCAUUAAAUACAAAAACAAGUCCAAAAAAUAUAAAUACAAAAAUAAUAACAAAAAAAAGAUUACCAUCGGCACGUAAUAAUUUACGUUGUGGCGUUUGUUCAGUUACAUUUGAAACAAGAGAAAGUUUAUUUGAUCAUAUUUAUCAGCAUACAGAACGUGAAUUACAAGAUGCAUUUAAUGAUGCGACAAUAAGAAAAAAAAAUGAAGAAAUAAUACGUAAUGAAAAUGAAAAACAAGCAACUGAAUGGGCAAAUAAAUAUGCACAAUGGAAGGAUAGUAUUUUAUGUAAAAAUAAUGUCAGUGAAGAAUCAUCAACAUCAGGUGGACAAAAUACAAUAAAUUCAUGUGAAGAAAUAACUGUAUGCUCAUCGGGUAGCGAUGAUAUAAGUAGAAAAAAUAAUGAUGACGAUAAUAAUAUUGAAAAAGAAAAUUCACGAACAACAUCAGUUAUUAAAAGUACAAAAUUAAUUGAAAAUGAAACAACAAAUGUUGUUAAAAAAGUAACAAUGUGUCCAUGUCACAGUAAUGAUACAUCAACAUUGGUAAAUGAUGAUAUGCAAAUUGAAAUGGUAUUACUUUGUGAAAUUUGUCAAGUAUUAUUUCGACGUUUGGAUUGUUUUGAGGUGCAUUAUAGAGUUAAUAGAUUAUGUAAUAAAGACAGAUCGAGCCGAUUGCCAAAAUUAUUUUGCAGUUCAUGUAAAAUUUUAUUAAAUUCAUUGCCUGAAAUGCGUCGUCAUUUAGAGAAACAUGCUCAAAUUAAUCGUCAGGGACAUGUUACAUUUUUGUGUAAUAUUUGUAAAGUUAUGUUCUUUGGAAUUGGUUCAUUAUUCUACAGUCAUUGGUUUAAUCAUACGAAGGAUGUGAAUUUUCUCGCAAGCCGUUAUUCAUUUCCAAAAUUAUCAAUUGUGCCUUGUAUGAAAUUAACGGACAAAGUGGGAAAUCAAAAUAAGGAGGAAUAUUUAUUUGUUGCUGAACAUGUUUGUCGAAAUUGCAAAAUACCCUUCGGGUCAGAAAUGGAUUUAGAUAAUCAUAAAUGUUCUGCAGUUGAGCAAAUUGUGCCAAUUCAACCAACAAAAGUAAGGGUUCUUUGUUUAGUAUGCAACAAAAUGUUCGCCAAUAAAACUGAAUAUUUCAUGCACGAAUUAAAUUUAAAUCACAUGAGAAGCACCAAACCGGAAUAUGUGACAAUAUCAACAAAUUGCGGAACAAAAGCUUACAUAUGUGCUCAAUGUAAAACUGUUCGUAAAACAACGGACGAAAUGAAAGAACAUUGGGUAUUUCAUCGUGCUUGGAGGGAAAAAUUCAUUUGUUCCUAUUGUCCAAAAUUUUUUGACACAAACAUUAAUAUUGUCGAAGCACAUUGUAAAAAUUGUACAAAAGACAUGAAUCCAUAUUGUAAAGUUUCCUUUGAAUUAGCAACAUUUAAAUGUCAACCGUGCAAUCUUUAUUUUGAAACAUCACAAUCAGCAAAGGAACAUAAUUUAAUUUGUUUACGUUCACAAUUUUCAACAAAUAGUGAAUCUUCCAAUAAACAAGUUGCCUCAUCAAUUAAUUUAUCUCUUUCCGAAAAUACAACAACAACAUCAAAAACAUCACCACCAAUUCUCAGAUUAACUGUUCCUUCCUCGGCCUUAUCGUCAAUUGCAACGAAAACAAAAUCUGUAAAUAAUUCUGAAUCCACAAUUGUCACUGAAUCUCCAACUCCAAUUUUAAUUGAUGGUCUAGCUUCAAAAUUAACAGACGUACCAUCAAGUUCAAAAUCGAAUACCAAUGUAGAAUCUUAUUCUUUUGAAUCAUCACCAUCGGGGAAGGUUAUAAAUUUCACCUCCAAAGUCAAAAGCAAAAAUGGCAUCAAUUCCGAUGUCGAAGUUAUUGAUAUUCUUUCCGAAAGCAGUUCAAAAAGUUCAAACUCCGAUUUUUCUAAACCAUCAUCAGAAUCAGUUGCUUUGCCUAAGGAUAUGCCUUUAUUGAGUGCUACCAAUACUGCUACUAUUCAAGAAACGGAUAAAAAUAAAUCAAUUACUAAUGUCGAAAAGAAGAAGAAGAAGAAAAAAGAUAAGAAUUCCAAUGAGGGCAAAGAAAAAGAGGUGCAAGCACCUCCGAAAGUUAGUGUCAAAAAGAAUUUAACAAUGACUGCCUUAAAUCCUGAAUUCGAAUCAUUGCUCACCGAACUCGAAGGUAUGGAAAAAAUUCCAGGAAAGGUCUAUUCAAGACGUUCAAAGAAAUCCCCAAAAAAAGUCUCCAAAGAAACAAAACCAAAAUCUUCAAAGAAAAUUUUGAAAGAUCCUUUGGAAACAAAUGAAGAAUUCCCCUUGUCAGACGCUGGAAGUGAAUCCUCAAAAUCGGGAAAAGCAUCCACAAAAUCGGAUGAUUUAGCCACAAAAUCAGGAACCAAUACAACUGAUAGUACACUUCCAUUUGAAGUUGUUCUUCUACCACACGAUGAAAAAUCCAAAGAUUGUGCAAAAACCAGUAGUGCUGUUGGAAAUUCAUCGUCCUCAUCAUCAUCAUCAUCAUCUUCGUCAACAUCAUCAAAGGUCGACAUCAAUUCAAAUAAAUCCAUUAAUACUGCAACGAAAGAAUCCACUAGUGUAACAAUUCCCGAUCCUAAGGAUAGUUCAUCUGAUCCAAAUACAGCGAGUAUAAUCGAAGAAUACAUCGAGUACAUCAUGAUGGACGACGUAAGUGACAAUACAACAGCAGCUAAAGAAACUGCAGAAUCAACAAAUUCAGCACCACCCAAAGAAAUAUCUCCCCCCGUGGAGAAAGUUGCUCCCACACGUCUACGAGUUCGAAGUCUUGCAGAAUUACAAGAAAUUAAAAUGCAUCAUCUCUGCGAAGCAUGCGGAAAGACAUUUAACGCCGAGAAUGAAUACAUCACACACGUGAAGCAAGCAAAUUGCACACCACAACCAAAACAAACAAUACUAACGCCCGCAAAUUAUGAGACAUCAUUCAUUCAAAAUCCAGUUGGAAAAUCAUUAAAUACUUUUAUUCCUCCACUUUUGCCAUUAUCAAAAAAUAUUUCAAUUCCCCGAACAUCAGUUCCACCAAAUGCAAUAGUCUCCCAUCAAAAACGACACUCGGGAUUAAAUUUUGGUCCUCAAACUACAGAAAUAAAUCAAGGCACUUCAAAUAUGGCUUUUAAUACAAAUAUACAGCAUCGUUCAAGUGCUAUUCAAUUGCCAGAACGAACUGGUGGUAAUACACCACAAAAACGACCAUCAGGCGCUGCGACAAGAAUUCAAAAUCUCUCACAUCCACAGCGACAUCAAACAAUAACAACAACACGAACAAUAACACCACCGUCAAUGAUUCAACAUCAGGGUUUACCACACACAUAUAUGCAUCGUGCACCUAUUAGAAUGAAUCAACCAAUUCGUCCACCACCACCACUACCACCACAAUCGCAAUAUCGACCACCACCCGAUGCUUCCACAAGUCUAACAUGCACCACUUGUUACUAUACUGCAAAAAAUCUUCCCGAAUUCUCCGCUCAUCUAUUGGUGCACUAUAUGGACACAUCGGCAAAUGAUAAAAUUCAUGAUAAUCAGCGAAAUAAUCCCCGUCAGGAGAGCCAACAGACUGAUCCAAAUACAUCGGCUUAUCAAAAUUCACAAAUAAUUGCCAGCGAUAUUUAUGGUUCAUCAUCGGUAACUGGAAAUUCAACUAAUACAGCUAAAAGAAAUUGGCAACCGUCUACCUCGAAAUAUCUUUAUGUUUGUCGAAUAUGUAAUUUUCAAACUGACAACAAAUCAAUUAUACGCGAACAUGAGAAACGUCAUUUGGAAGUUGAAAAUAAUCUUCAAAAGCAACAAUUAAUACAAGGUCCUUAUCAAACACCUCAACAUCAACAGCAGCAGCAGCAGCAACAAUCACAAAAUUUGGUUCAUCAGGGCCCAACAACAAUCAGCAAUAAGACCAAAGAUUCUGAGAAAGGUCCAAUUAUACUUUAUUCAAGUGUAAGUAAUGAUGUUUAUCAAUGUCUUCUGUGUAACAGUUUCUUCUUUUCCUCGCAUGAUGAAUUUGUGAGACAUUUACAAACUGUACACAAACAAUCACACAAGGAAAAUGUUCAUCAGCUUCCAAUUGAAAAUAUAUGUUAUGUUUGUGAUUAUUGUGAUCCCCCACAAGUUUUUAACGCUGAAUGUAGUUUACGUAAACAUAUGGAAUUUUUACAUAAUCAUAUUUGUCAUAUGUGUGGACAACGUUGCACAUCAAGAGAAAUAUUACAGAAUCAUGUAAUGAGUCAUAAGCUCGAUGCUCAGGCUCAAUAGAACAUGAAUAUGAAAUUUGGACAUUUUUUCAAAAAGUAGAAUUAUCCAAUGUAUAAUAUAGAAUAGAACGUGAAUGUAAUGAGUUAGAAAAGAACAGAGGAUAUUUUUGUCCUUUUCUAUUACACGCUUUUCGGUUUGUAUAGAGAUAUCUAACGUGUCGGUAAAGUCACAGAAAGUAGAGCGAUUACCACAGUGGCACCAAAUUUCUAUUGGCUUGUAUGGGAGAUUUCAGAAAUUAAUUAUUUUCUCUAAAAUUAGAAAAUAAUUCACGAUAAUUUUUAUUUCAAAUCAAGUAGUAAUUUAUGCUUAUAAUUAUAUGUCUUAAAGAUUAAAAAAUAAAAAAUCAGUUCUAGCAGACGAAAUUCUCUUUUGCUAGAACUGAUUUUUUAUUAUUCUUUAAUAUUUGAGUCGUUGAUGACAUAAUUACACACAAAUAAGUAUUGCAUAAAUUACUACUUGAUUUGAAAUAAAAAUUGUUAUUAUGAAUUAUUUUUUAAUUUCAGAGAAAAUAAUUAAUUUCUAAAAUCUCCUCUUAUAAGCCAAUGAAAACCCGGGGCGUGGUAAUCGUUUUACUUUUUGUGACUUUACCGACGGAGGUGACAUAUCACGUUAAGGUACGGUCACAUGACUUUUGAAAAAAUCAUUCUUGUCUUUCUCUCUCCUAUGACAGAGGCAUAAGUUUGUUUCAUCCUACAUUUUCUUUUACCAAAAACGGAAAAUGCAAAGUGAGACAAACUUAUGCCUCUGUCAUAGGAGAGAGAAAGACAAAAAUGGUUUUUCCAAAAGUCCUGUGACCGUACCCAUCUCUAUUCUAUUUUGACCUGUAAACAGGGACUAUAAAAGCUAGUUUACAUCACCUGGCGUAAUGUAGAAAAAGCUUUACUAAGUUAUUUAGGCUGCCUCCACAAUAGCUAAAUCACAUCGGCGAUUUUUUCAGACGAGCCGAUGCGCGCGCAUCUAUUGCGCAACUGGCAACAAAUUUAUUUCACUUUUACUAAAAAUUAAAAACAUU